AUGCCACCACGAAGGGAUCCCGGGGAAAGUUCUAGCUCCAAUCCCGUGGAAAGUGAUCAGGAGGAGGAGGAUAUCUUGUUACGUGAUUUAGUCCCACCAAGAGGGGGACAAGCGAGGGGGACCUUUGUGCCACCACCACCACCACCUCCAAAGACAAAUGAGUUGAAUGAUACUCUUUAUCACAUUACAAAGUUUGUGAAAUUGAUGCCAACUCUGUUUGAGGACGGCCCAGAUCCGUUUGUUGUGGAUAGUUUCAUGGAUAGGGUGGAGAAGCAUAUUAAUGCCAUGAAUUUGGCAACGGACAAGUUGAAGAUCACAUUGGCGACUUACAAUUUUAUUGGUGAUGCUGAGAUAUGGUGGAAGACCAUUUCACACAUGCACGAUUUGGAUACUAUGACAUAUGAUAAUUUUAAGAAAUUGUACUAUGAGAAGUACUUUCCGGUGCCUAAGCGGAGGGAACUAAAAAAGGAGUUUGAUGGGUUAAAGCAACGAAACAUGACAGUUACAGAGUAUAAGAACAAGUUUACAUCGCUUUUGAGGUUUACACCGGGGAUUGCUAAUGAUGAAGAAGGAAAGAUAGAGAAAUUUAUUGAUGGCCUUGAUCUUACCAUUAGGCCAAUUGUAACUGCUUCAGAACCGACAGAGUAUGCAAAAAUAGUGCGAAAGGCCUUAGUGGUUAAGGCUGAGAGCAAGGACAGCAAGGCUAUCAGGGAGUCUUACAAGUACAACAGGGGUAUGGGUGCUUUCUCCAAGGGUCAAUCAAGUAAGAAACAAAAGUAUGAGCAGUCAGGGUUCAGGGGACAGUAG